CCGUCAGUCGGCGGUCAGCGUUGGAAAGCACAAGAUGGGAAUGGAAGAGCCUCAGGUCAUAGCCAUUAGCAUAGCGCCCAAGCAGCAGGUGGGCCACCUGAAACCCGAGUCCACAUGGAUCCACUGUCCCGCCUGCCAGCGCUCCGAGUGGAGCGUCGUUCAGCUGGAGGCUGUUACCUGUCUGCAGCGCUUCCUCGGCUGCACCAAUCUCUGCAAAAAGUGGACUGGCCGAACGGACAUCAAUCAUUACUGCGCCCAGUGCGGCUGCUUCAUCGGACGAUUUGUGGCCAUCGGCUGCACUGAGCGAUGCCUCUCCAAGUCGGCCAAACGCAAGGCGGCCGUGGACGACAUGACGCUGAAGACCCGUCCCAAGGACUGUGCCGAGCGUGCCCAGAAAUCGCGCGAAAAGGUGCUGGCCAAGCGGGCUGCCAAGUCGCGGGACCAGCUGGCGGAGCUAGUGAAGCAACAGGCCUACAAGGAUGCCGAUGAAACACACGCCCGGCUGCAAGUGUACGCACAAAAGCAAGCACAAAUGCAAAAACAAACGCAAACACAAACCGUUGUGCUCACCGUUGCAACGGACGGGCAAUAGUGGUUGCUGCAUCGACUAAGCGAAAGCUCACACGAAAGCUCUCUCUCGCGCUC